AGACAACUGAAUCUCAGAAUCAUGUCCAGUCUGGUACGCCUUACCCCAACCCCCUCUGUGGGGAGCCCUGCUCCACAGAACCCCACCCGGACCUACAGAACAGAAUCAGCUCCGAAGAGCCGGUGCUGCUCCGGCAGCUGGACGCAGAGCUGCUGCAGUCGGGGGCGCUACAGCUGACAGGUACGGUGGACAGGCUGGGGCGGGCGCUGGUCUUCACUGAGACCGGGUCUUUGAAGGAUGGGUUCUGUGCGGAGGAGGCGGCCCAGAUUCUGGCCUGCUUCCACAGAAUCACCCGACCUGCAGCCAGAGAAAAAGGUCUGACGGUGCUCCUGGACAGCAGACGCUCUCCGCCCUCCGACCUCUGCCUUUCUGCACUGAAACGCUUCCAGGUGCUGGUUCCCGGUGGUCUCGGGUCGGUUCUGGUUUUGGUGGAAGAGCAACAGGAGCCUCUUUCCUACACGCUACAUGAAACGGAGGUCCACGCGGUGAAGGGGACGGCGGUGCUGCAGCAGUACGUGGACAAGCAGCAGCUGCUCAAAGAACUGGAUGGAGACUUCAGCCACUCACACUCAGACUGGCUGGCCUUCAGACUGAGACUGGAAAGCCUGACAGAGCGCUGUGAGAGCGCCCUCUGUCUGCUCGGAGAAUCACAGCAGGAACUGGAGACUGAGCCAAUGCCAGAGGACAUCAAGGCUGUUCCGCAGAGCAUUGACAAACACAGGAGGCUCAUGGCCAACGUGCUUGCCGACCAACGCCUUACUGAGCUCCAGCAGAGGGGCGGGGCCUGGCUGGCAGGGUUAACAAACUGUUCAUCUGGAUUAGGACAAAAGUCGCCUGACUGCAGGGCCGCUCUGGCCGCCGCCUCCCAGCUGUACGACAGCGUGGACCACGCUCUGCAUCAGCUGGUUCAGGUGUCCAACCAGAGAGGAGGCAAUCUGGAAGCACUGGGACAACUGGCAAGACUGGUGGACAAACUGGAAAAGUGCGAUAAGGAGAUUGAAGAAGUGCAGUUGCAGCUGGAGGACUACAGAGAUCCCCCUCUGUCCCUCAGCAGACUGUCGCUCAAACAGCAGAAGUUCAGGACCUUCAGAGAAUCCGUCAAUGAGCUGCACAGUGAGACUCUGGCCGUUCUCAGUGACUUGGAGGGCUGGAACCAUCUGAACUGGGCCGGGCUCAGCCAAGUGCAGAUCCGACUUCCUCCUGUCAGGGAGAAGCUGAGAGACAUGUCGCACUGUUUGUCCGACUGCUGGACCACUCUGGACCACACGCAGAGGCUGCUGUCCACCCUGACCGAGGCCACCCAGUGGUGUGAUGCAGUCUCCUCCGCCUCCACCUCCUGCCCUCUCUCCUCCCUCCCUCCCAUCCCCCCCUCACGUUUUCAGGAUGCUCGCUCUUUGGCCAUGGAGCUGGGGGGCGGGCCCCUCAUGGACCUCUGGACUCAGACGGUGGAGCGUUACCAGCGGACUGUUGCUCAGGUCAAACCCCGGUUCCUUCAGUCUGAGAGGACGCAGGGCCAGGGGAAGCCCAAAACCCCCUCCCUCCCCAGCCAAUGGGACCUGUUGGGCCCCGACUCCGAGAGCGAAUGGGGGCUGGGGGCCGGAGGAGGCGACGGGGGAUUGCAGUCGUGGGGCUCCCUGGCGUCUCUGUUCAGACCGCAGACCUGCUCCACUCUGAAGAUAGGAGACGAGAAAGGGAGCAAGAAAGACACUGCCGGAGGAGGGAACGGAGGCGGGGCCGGGGGCGGGAAGUUCCUACAGAACCUUCUCAAUCCUGCAAAAAAGAGUCCUCCAGAGGCCCCCCUCCCUCCAAAGCCACCCAGAAAGCGCCACCCGAGCUUUGACCUCCAGGCUCUUCUGGCUCCUCGUAAAGGCGCAGCUACCCCCAAAUCUGUGGAGUCCCCAGCAGGUGGGGCGUCUCGCAGCUCCCCCAUGUCUUGGCUGGGGAGACGAGCCCUGGCUGACCCGGUCAUAACCACCAGCAUGGCGGCAGCUGUCCCUGACUGGGGCAGUGGGAGAGGAGGAGGAGGAGUUCUUAUCCGAGGGGUGGAGGUCAGCAGCAAGGAGGUGGUGGACCACACAGGGUCACCCAGGCAGCACGUCCUGCUGGGGAGGGCAGACAGAGACGCAGGGGCAGAUAAAGGGAGUUCUGCUCAGAGUAAGCCGUACCUGCUGUGGUGUAGGAUGCUGAGCUCUGAGAGGCAGUAUGUGGCUGUCCUGAAGGGGGUGGAGGAGACUUACCUGCCUCUGCUGGAGCUCUCAGACACCCCCACCUCUCUGAGGGGGAAAGGGGAGUCGCUGUUCUCCAACUGGAGCAGUCUCAGUACCUUUCACUCGCAGAGUCUGCUCCCCGCCAUGGAGGGCGCUCUGGUGCAGAGUCUCCUGCAGCAGGACUGCUUCAGCAAAUUUCGAGACCACUUUCUCCAGUAUUCCCACUACAUCAGGUCCAAACCAGAGUCGGACUCCCCUCUGGUCUCGCAGGCCGCUGACUUUUUCAAGUCCAAACUCCCCCAGGCCUCCUCCCUCCCUCCCCUCUCCUUUCCCCAAUGUCUUCAGGCCCCCAUCCAGCGGCUGGAUCAGUACUGUGAGGCAUUGAAUGAACUGGGGGGCCUUAACCCGGCUUCAGACUCCGCCCUCUCCGUCCUCAGACAUGCCCAGCGGCACGGCGAGGACCUCAGGGCUAGUGACCUCAUCGUUGGGUGUCCGAUCCCAGUGGCAGAACGGGGCGAGCUGGUCCGGCAGGGCGAGCUUACAGCCUGUGGGGGGGUCCGGAGGAAGCGUGCGGGCGUCAGGAACGUUUUCCUGUACCAGAACUUUCUGAUCUUCACCAAACAGAAGAGUCCAACUGCAGGACGCUCCGCCUACAGCUACAAGCACAGCAUCAAGACGGGUGAGAUGGGUCUGACUCAGAGCGUGGGAGACGAUGGACUGAAGUUUGAAGUUUGGGUCCGACAGGCGCCGCGGUCCAAAGCCAGCAUCACGCUUCAGGCGCGGGACAGGGAAGACAGGGCGGGCUGGGCUCACGACAUCGCCCACCUGCUGUGGACGCACGCCAUCAACAACACAGAGCUGUGCCUGAAGGAGUCUCUGUGCAUGGGAAUCUCCAGUAAACUUCUGCUGGACGCUACAGGAAGCGCAGCGUCAGAGCUGGACUCCGCCUGCAGCCUCAGCGACAGAGUUCACAGUAGCUGCUCAGACUCGUCCUCCGUUGGCAGCCAGAAGGAGGGGGGAUCCCCGGCGUCCGGGAGGGACCCCCAGACGUGCUCCGGAUCAACAAGCCACUCACAGAACCUGUGUCCCUCCACAGCUGUGUGAACCUCAACCCCCCCUCAACAAACUUUCUGAAGAUGUCAACAUCUCACGGUGGACAGAACUGGACUUCAAGGACACGGCUGCCCCUCCAAUCUUUCCCCCUCUAACAUGUAAAUAAAAUGCCAUCAGAUUAGGCAGACCCCCCCUGCCCCCGUUACCCCCGUCCAUUAAAGAAAAAGGGAUAAGAAUUCCCCCGCUUAGAGCAUGACAGUCACCAGCAGGACUCCGCGCUGCGCCAUUUUGGAUCUGCCAGUCUCAGUUGCUGGCAGUCAUCGACACCAAAGACACUUCAGCCACACAGAGCGGCCAUUGUGCGCGCCGCAGCCCUCCCACCAGGCCGAGCCACUUGGUCUGAACCACUGCCGGGCCGACUGUACACAUCACACACACCCCCAGCAUCCCAGAAGAGACAGGAAGUCGUGUGCAGAUUCUGAAUCUCCUCUUUCUCUCCUCUCUCUUCUUCUUUUUUAGUCAAAUGUUAGGUGUGAGUGCAUGUAUGCAGAUGAGGCAGCAGGGGUGCAUGCACACAGACAUGCACUCAGCGCUAUUGUCGGAAGACAGUGCAGCUCUGUUCACACGCCUGAACGCUCGCUGCCUGGCACGGCGGCGGUCAAACGCGGCUGCAGCUUCACGUUUGGACAGGAGGCUGUGAUGAAGAGCAGCAGCAUCUGAACUCUAAAGUGCUUUGGAUUUUCAGAAGACUGUUUCCAAAUGUAACUCUCAGUGUUGUAGAAAUGUGUGAUAUGAUUCCGUUGAGUAUUAACUACAAUAAUCUGGAUGCCAAAGGUAUAGAAAGGGCGUCAGUGCAAUGCUCAUCUGUGUACAAACAGAUUUUUGGAGUGUUUCCUCCAUGAAAUGGAGACUUUUUUAAAAAUACUUUCCUUCAGCUUAAAAAAAAAAAGUAAAAAAAAGUUGAUGAAGAUGAAGUGAAGAAGGACAGGAAGCUCACAGAUGAAGGCCUCCUCUGAGUAUUAAACAAUAAAUGAUUUGAAAAUGA